AUGGUGUCAUGGUGUGUUUCUGGCACCGCCCCCCUUCAUCCAGCCCCGCCUACCAUAAGGGAGUGUCAGGUUCCCUUGCUGGACAGCAGCUCCUCCCACACCAUGCUGGAGCCCCAUCCAGAGGACCAAAUCUCCCCUAACUCAUACCUGCUCCGGGCCCAGCCCCCCACUGGAGCUCCAAACCAUCACAGCCAGUCCACCCUGCGGCCGCCCAUCCCUCCACCGCACAACCACCAGAUGCUGUCGCACCACCAGUCCUCUGCCAACUCUCUCAACCGCAACACACUGAGCGGCCGACGCAACCCCAUCCACGCCCCUCCGUCCGCCCCGGGCGAAGGGCCCACCACACCCGAGUCAGUGCAGCUGCAGGACAGCUGGGUGCUCAACAGCAACGUCCCGUUGGAGACCAGGCAUUUCCUGUUUAAGACCUCUUCAGGGACCACGCCUCUCUUUAGCAGUUCAUCACCAGGUUACCCCUUGACAUCCGGCACAGUAUAUUCUCCUCCACCGCGGCUCCUACCCAGAAACACAUUCUCCAGAAGCGCCUUCAAGCUGAAAAAGCCGUCCAAGUACUGCAGCUGGAAAUGUGCUGCCCUGUCGGCGAUCGCUGCCGCUGCCCUGCUGGCCAUUCUGCUGUCCUACUUCAUCGCCAUGAAUCUGUUGGGGCUGAACUGGCAGCUGAAACCUGUGGUUGGUCCCAUGCUGAACAACGGCUUGGGAGCCGGGCUGCCCAGCAACAGUGACACAGCAACAGCGCCCUCUGGAAGCAGAGGGCCAUGGGCCGCUCGCAACAGCAGCAUAGAUAUGGGCAGCCUAGAGGUGGGCAGGCGCGUGACCCAGGAGGUGCCGCCCGGGGUGUUCUGGAGAUCCCUGAUGCACCUCAGCCAGCCUCAGUUCCUCAAGUUCAACAUCUCCUUGGGCAAGGAUGCACUCUUCGGGGUUUACAUUCGCAAAGGGCUGCCGCCGUCCCAUGCACAGUAUGACUAUAUGGAGCGUUUGGAUGGAAAAGAGAAAUGGAGCGUAGUGGAGUCGCCCCGUGAGAGACGCAGUAUUCAGACGGUGGUUCUGAACGAGGCCGUGUUUGUACAGUAUCUGGACCCUGGCACAUGGCACCUGGCUUUCUACAACGACGGCAAGGAGAAGGAAUCUGUCUCAUUUAGCACAGCUGUUCUGGACUCUGUGCAAGAGUGUCCCCGCAACUGUCAUGGAAACGGAGAGUGUGUGUCAGGAGUAUGUCAUUGUUUCCCGGGGUUCCAUGGCAUGGACUGCUCGAAAGCGGCGUGUCCAGUCCUAUGCAGUGGAAACGGUCAGUAUGACAAGGGAUCGUGUAUCUGCUAUAGUGGAUGGAAGGGUCCGGAAUGCGAUGUUCCCAUCAGCCAGUGCAUCGACCCCCAGUGUGGCAGUCAUGGCACGUGCACAGAGGGCACAUGUGUUUGUUCUCUGGGCUACAAAGGAGAGAAUUGCGCUGAGGUUGACUGCCUGGAUCCAACCUGCUCAAAUAAUGGCAUCUGUGUGAAUGGGGAGUGCCACUGUAAACCAGGCUGGGGUGGACCAAGCUGUGAGCUGCCCAGAGCACAAUGCCCAGAUCAGUGCCACGGUCAUGGUGCUUUUAUUCCAGACACAGGCAUCUGUAGCUGUGACCCCAAUUGGAUGGGCCCUGAUUGUUCUGUCGAGGUUUGCUCAAUUGACUGCGGGACACAUGGCGUAUGCAUGGGUGGCUCGUGCCGUUGCGAGGAGGGCUGGACGGGUGCAGCGUGUGACCAGCGUGUGUGUAACCCACUCUGUGUGAAGCAUGGCACCUGUAAAGAUGGGAAGUGCGAGUGUGAACAGGGCUGGAACGGAGAACAUUGCACCAUCGAUGGCUGUCCGAAUCGAUGUAAUGGAAAUGGACAGUGUCUGCUGGGUCAAAACAGCUGGCACUGUGAGUGCAAGACUGGAUGGAGAGGCAGCGGCUGCAAUGUCGCCAUGGAGACUUCAUGUGCAGACAACAAAGACAAUGAAGGAGAUGGUCUGACUGACUGUAUGGAUCCAGACUGCUGUAUCCAAAGUCCCUGCCAGAACAGUCCGCUUUGUAGAGGGUCCAGGGAUCCCUUACAGGUCAUUCAGCAGGCCCAGCACCCUGAGCAGAAAGUCUGCUCCUUCUAUGACCGUGUCAAGAUGCUAGUGGGCCGGGACAGCACGCAUAUAAUCCCUGCAGACAAUCCAUUUAAUGCAAGUCUGGCAUCACUGAUCAGAGGUCAGGUGGUGACAACAGAUGGAACCCCACUGGUGGGAGUUAAUGUGUCGUUUGUGAAGUACCCGCAGUACGGCUACACCCUCACACGCCAGGAUGGAACAUUUGACCUCAUUGCCAAUGGUGGAGCCUCUCUCACCCUCCGAUUCGAGCGGGCUCCAUUUUUGAGUCAAGAGCGCACAGUGUGGCUCCCAUGGAACAUUUUCUAUGCCAUGGACACUCUGAUGUUGAAGACAGAAGAGAACACAAUCCCGAGCUGUGACCUCAGCGGCUUUGUGAGGCCUGAUCCUGUGGUGGUGGCCUCCCCCCUUUCCUCUUUCUUCAGUUCCAGGCCAGGAGAGAGGUCCAUCAUUCCAGAGACACAGGUUCUGCAUGAGCAGCUAGAGAUUCCUGGCACCAGUCUGAAGCUCUGUCACCUGAGUUCACGGACCUCAGGUUACCACUCCUUGCUCAAGAUUACCAUGACUCAAGCCGUGGUGCCACUCAGCCUGGUCAAAGUCCAUCUGAUGGUUGCCGUGGAGGGCCAUCUCUUCCAGAAGUGGUUCCACGCUUCACCCAACCUCGCCUACACCUUUAUCUGGGACAAGACCGAUGCAUACGGUCAGCGUGUCUACGGCCUCUCUGAUGCAGUGGUCUCUGUGGGGUAUGAAUAUGAAUCAUGUCCUAGUCUAGUGCUGUGGGAGAAGAGGAUGGCUAUGCUUCAAGGCUAUGAGCUGGAACCUUCCAAUCUGGGCGGAUGGUCUCUGGACAAACACCAUAUACUCAACCUGCGCAGUGGCAUCCUUCAUAAGGGCAGCGGUGAGAACAUCUUUGUGUCCCAGCAGCCACCCAUCAUCACAAGCAUCAUGGGUAAUGGGCGUCGACGAAGCAUCUCUUGCCCGAGCUGUAAUGGCCUGGCUGAUGGAAACAAGCUGUUGGCACCUGUAGCCCUGGCAGCAGGCAUUGAUGGCAGCCUCUACGUCGGAGACUUGAAUUUCGUACGCAGAGUUUAUCCCAACCUCAAUACCACACGCAUACUGGAGCUCAGAAAUAAGGAUUUUCGACACAGUAACAACCCGACUCAUAAGUACUUCUUGGCUGUGGACCCAGUCUCUGGGGCUCUGUUCAUCUCUGACACAAAUUCUCGGCGAAUCUACAAGGUGCGAUCGCUCACAGGGGGAAGACUGCUGGCCGACAAUGCCGAUGUGGUGGCGGGCACAGGAGAACAGUGCCUGCCCUUUGACGAGAGGUGCGGGGACGGGGGAAAAGCUGUAGAAGCCACUCUAAUGAGCCCCAAAGGUGAGUGGGGCACCCUUCCCACUGAUAAUGGUCUGAACUCCAUUGAGUGGAGGCUGCGCAAAGAACUGUCCAAGGGCAAGGUCACUGUGUUUGGCAGGAAACUUCGGGCACAUGGGCGCAACCUCCUGUCGAUAGAUUUUGAUAGGAACACACGGACUGAGAAGAUCUAUGACGACCACAGGAAGUUCACACUGAGGAUCACGUAUGAUGCCCAGGGCAGGCCAGCGAUAUGGCAGCCGAGCAGCAGCCUUGCAGUGGUGAAUGUGUCUUACUCCAGCACAGGCCAGCUAGUGGGGCUGCACCGAGGGAGUAUGAGUGAGAGGACGGAGUUUGACCCACAGGGCCGAAUUCUCUCACGCUCUUUUGUGGAUGGAAAGGUCUGGAGCUACAGUUACCUGGACAAGUCCAUGGUGCUGCUCCUGCAGAGUCAGAGACAAUACGUCUUUGAAUUCGAUGCAUCUAACCGCAUCACGGCUGUCACCAUGCCUAGCGUUGCUCGUCACACCAUGUUCACUCACGUCUCCAUCGGCUACAUCCGCAACACCUACAACCCGCCAGAGAGCAACGCGUCCAUCAUCUACGACUUCAGCGAGGACGGGCGCCCGCAGGCCGCCUACUUCCUGGGUACUGGCCGUCGCGUCCUCUACAAAUACGGCAAGCUGGCCAAGCUCUCCGAGAUCUUGUAUGACAGCACAGCCAUCACCUUUGGCUACGAUGAGACAGCCGGCGUGCUAAAAAUGGUCAACUUGCAAAGCGGUGGCUUUUCGUGCACGAUUCGCUAUCGUAAAAUGGGUCCCCUGAUCGACAAACAGAUCUAUCGCUUCUCGGAGGAAGGUAUGGUGAACGCGCGCUUCGACUACACCUACCAUGACAAUAGUUUCAGAAUCGCAAGCAUGAAGCCAGUAAUCAGCGAGACGCCACUUCCUGUGGAUCUAUACCGCUACGACGAGAUCUCCGGAAAAGUGGAGCACUUUGGAAAGUUUGGAGUCAUCUACUACGACAUCAAUCAGAUAAUCACCACUGCCGUCAUGACCCUCAGCAAGCAUUUCGAUGCUCACGGACGAAUCAAAGAGGUUCAGUACGAGAUUUUCCGCUCUCUCAUGUACUGGAUGACGGUGCAGUACGACAACAUGGGCAGAGUAAUCAAGCGAGAGCUAAAGAUCGGCCCGUACGCCAACACCACUCAGUACCGCUAUGAAUACGAUGGUGACGGACAGCUCAGUGGCGUCAAGGUGAACGAUUGGUCCACUUGGCGCUACAGCUAUGACUUAAACGGCAACCUACACCUGCUCAACCCGGGCAACAGCGCCCGACUCAUGCCGCUCCGCUAUGACCUACGAGACCGCAUCACACGGCUCGGUGACGUGCAGUACCGUCUGGACGAGGACGGUUACCUCAGUCAGAGGGGCGGUGACGUGUUUGACUACAAUUCUAAAGGCCAGCUGGUGCGCGCCUAUAGCCGUGCAGCUGGAGUAUGGAGCGUCCAGUAUCGUUACGAUGGACUCGGACGCAGGGUGUCUACUAAGAACAGUCUGGGUCAGCACCUCCAGUUCUUUUAUGCUGACCUGAACAACCCGACUCGGGUCACACAUGUGUUCAACCACUCCAGCUCAGAAAUCAGCUCUUUGUACUAUGACCUGCAGGGCCAUCUGUUUGCCAUGGAGGUGAGCAGUGGGGAGGAGUACUACAUUGCCUCUGACAACACUGGUACGCCACUGGCUGUCUUCAGCAGCAAUGGGCAGAUGAUCAAACAGGUGCAAUACACCGCUUAUGGGGAGGUGUACCACGACUCCAACCCUGAGUUCCAGCUCGUCAUCGGCUUCCACGGUGGGCUUUAUGACACGCUAACCAAGCUGGUGCACUUCACACAUAGAGACUAUGAUGUUUUAGCGGCCAGAUGGACAUCGCCUGAUUACACCAUGUGGCAGAAGAUCGGAAAAGAACUGGCACCCUUCAACCUGUACAUGUUCAAGAAUAACAACCCUCUCAGUGAUAUGCUGGAUGUCAAGAAUUAUGUCACAGAUGUGAAGAGUUGGCUGGUCAUGUUUGGCUUCCAGCUUAGCAACAUUAUCCCAGGCUUUCCCAGACACAUACACUAUUUCGUGGAUCCGCCGUAUGAGCUCUUCGCCAGUCAAGAAAGUGAAAAUGGGCAGCUGAUAACUGGAGUUCAGCAGGAAGCCGAACGGCACAACCAAGCAUUCAUGGCUCUGGAGGGACGGCUUCUUGACAAAGAGCGCAAGACCAAACAUGAGAAACCAGGCCACUGGUUUGGCACGAGUACACCCAUCAUUGGACGAGGAGUGAUGCUGGCAGUGAAAGAAGGGCGCGUGGUCACAGGGGUCUCCAGCAUGGCCAGCGAUGACAGCAGGAAGGUGGCUCUAGUGCUCAAUAACGCCAUCUACUUAGACGGGACACACUACACGCAGGAUGGCCAUGACUGUCAUUUCUUCGUGAAGAUAGGCUCAGCUGACAGUGACCUUCUAGCUUUGGGACUCACCAAUGGACGCUCGGCACUGGAAAGCGGGAUCAACGUGACGGUAAGCGGUCGCUCGCGACGAGGGAUCACCGUUGAGUUCCGGGUUCCAGCUCUUUCUCUAAGCGUGCGCUAUGGUUUGGCGUCGGACGUCCUGGAUGAGGAGAGAGCCCGGCUGUUGGAGUUGGCGCGGCAGAGGGCGUUAUUGGGAGCCUGGCUGCGAGAGCAGCAACGGGCACAGGAUAAUAAAGAGGGAAGCCGCUUGUGGACUGAAGGAGAGAGACAGCAGCUCCUUUCAACAGGGAAAGUACAGGGGUACGACGGGUACUACAUUUUACCCGUGGAACAGUAUCCUGAACUAGCAGACAGCAGUUUCAACAUACAGUUCCUGAGACAGAAUGAGAUGGGGAAGAGGUAACAGUCCAAACGUCUGUUAUCCUGUUUCUUUAUAUUUCGCUUUCUCUCCGCUUAUACCUUUACCGGUUUCAGUUUUUUUUUUCUCGAUCUUUUUCUUUUUCUUACUCCGUCUUUCUCUUUUUCCCUUGCUUUUUUUUCCCGUUAUCUCCUGAACCCAUGGAGAAUAAUUGAACUAAUGGGGAAACUCACCGAACGCUGCAGGGACUUUUAAAAGAAGAACAUUCAAAAACUUUGUUAAUACUGCCUCUGGCAAAAAAAGAACAAUUUGAAAGACCUCGUCUUUGUUUUUCAACAAUGGACGUCAAAAAGCACUGAGAAACUGAAAAACAAAACAGAGCUACUUUUGCUGAAAUAUGAAAAAUCCCCUUUUUAAAAAAGAAUAGAUAUUUUGACCCAUAUUUUUUGGGUUACCGAGAGGAUGUUGGUGCCAGAUGGUACGCUUGUGAUCUGGAUCGGAGAGGUGCUGCGAGUCUCACGCGCCGCAGAAGAGGCCCAGUCUCGACGUCAGAACUGAGGAGUAACAUCCAUCAAGAGAAAUGUCAGUCUCAGGCCUCACAUUCUUCACAGCUAAACUGUCAGUUGCCACUGCAGCAAGUCCCAUCAUCUACAGACUGUUUCUUUAAGAAAAGUCCAGUGGAGUAAAAGUGAUGAAAACAACCAAGUCUGAUAUAGUGUGUUUCAUCACUGAUAGAAAAGUACUUGCAUUGUAUCAGAUAACAGUGAAGUUCUGAGUGUGCUUUAGAUGCGAUAGUUUUGUACGUCCCAGUCGCAUUAGAGUAACGAGACCUUCACCAGGACACUUCUGUAUAGAGAUAUCAGAAAAAACACUCACAUUCUCCAGAUUGAAAGGUUACUAGUGUCAGAAACUAUUUAUUUUUACUUAGUUUGUUUUAAUUUUUAUCAUUCAUAGUACUCUAUGACAAUCAUAAAGGAGUCACUGCUUUUAGCGACAAAGAUA